UUUCCGGUUUCGUGGUUGGAGGACUACAGUCAACACAAAAAAUUACAGACACUCGACCGUGGAUCACACGUUAAAACAGUCACGAUACUGAGCCUUUUUGGCAGACUUUGUCGAAGGUAUUCACUCGAAAAAGUGUACCAUCUUAGUGAUGCUGCUUAUUUUACUCAGCGCCUUGUGUUUCGCCGUGGCGGAGCACACUACUCCUAUCCCUGCUCCACCCAACAUUCACUCCAGCUUCCACGUAUACCCGUCUCUGCUGUCCAACCUCCUCCAAAUCGCAGGCUACAGCGAUACGUGUGUGGCUGCAUCACUGGACGCGUGUUCCGCAGCCUCAGAAGACACCUCGCUCUCAGCUCUCAUCCAGGAGGUAAGGGAGGUGGUGAGGAACGUCAGUCUCCUGGUAAACAGAUCCGAGUCCCGACCACGCCACUGCAAGGAUUUACUGGAUUCCGGGGACAGCGGGAGUGGCCUACGCCUGGUGUACCCUUACCCUGCACAACCCCACCAUCGCGUCAAGGUGUACUGCGACCACACCACUGACGGAGGAGGCUGGACGGUUUUCCAGAGACGCACCGAUGACGCCCCCCGUCAGGACUUUUAUCGAACCUGGAUUGAAUAUAAGUUGGGCUUUGGUGAUCUCGAUGGUGAAUUCUGGCUCGGUCUCGAACAUCUUCAUUCCCUCACUUCAACCACGCUGCAGCAACUGAAGAUACACAUGUCAGACUAUGAGGGAGCGAAGCGAUGGGCCCAGUAUGGUUUCUUCCACGUUGAUUCCGCAGUAACCAAGUAUCGUCUCAGUGUUGGAAGGUACAGUGGUGAUGCAGGGGACAGCCUGGGUUCCCACCACACUCAGCGCUUCUCCACCCAUGAUCAGGACAAUGACGUGCACGACACCAUCAACUGUGCCGAAAAAUUUCGUGGGGCUUGGUGGUUUUCUUCUUGCCACGCCUCAAACCUGAACGGCUACCAGCACCGGGGCAACCAUUCCUCCCACGCUGACGGCAUCAACUGGUAUUCUUGGCACGGCUGGAACUACUCCCUACGACGGACCUCCAUGAUGAUCAGGCCCGCCUUCUAACUCCAGCACCUCAAUGUCUCUUGCCAAGUAACAGGUCUGGUCAGCGUCACGGCCACUACCGGAGAAAGACUUCCACUUUAAGUCAGGGUAGGAAAAAAAAACCCGGGUUUAAAGAAAAAAAAGUACCCACUGGGUCUUUUGGGGGGGUUUAUUGUUUUUUUGGUUUUAUUUAAUUUUUGUAUAUUCCUCACACUUUUAUAUAAAUCAAAUUAAAUAAGCAAUUAAAAAGUAAUGUAGAGUGAAACAAA